UAGUAAUAGUUUCCUACGCGUUGUUGUUGGCUGGCGUGUGUGCACAGACCACACUUUUUUGUGCGAUUGUGUCGUCCUGUGGCUCGUGGCCGGAUGCUCUCGUAUUAUCCUUCAUGGUCAAGGAUUAUUACGUAGCCCACGAGCACCGAUUUGUAACGUUGCGGCCAUCUUCUUUGCGUCGUGUUUGUGUGCGCGUCGGGAUGUAGUUCAGUGUGCAUAUGCCUCCGUAUCCGUACCGUGCGUUACCGAGCUAUUUGCCAGCAGUGCAUAAUCGAUCAGUGGAACAGUGUAGCAUUGUUUGCAGUUAAAUAUCGUCUAAAUGUGGUGCGUGUCCUCCAUCCCAAAUAACAUCGCGUUAGCGUUAAAGCCAGCUAAAGUGUAAUAAUAAAAAAUAGCAAAGCAGGCCGAACAAAACAGCAAAAGCAAAACCGUGCACUAAUAGUGAAAAAAAGGAAGGAAGGUAGAAGCAAAAAGAAAUAAAAGGUUGCCUCCACAAUCGUGCGUGCGUGCGGUUCCGUGUCAGGGUCGCUUAACCGGUGCACCAUACGAGAGAGGCGCUUAGCUUUUUGUCGAGCCUUCACGCGGCUGUUAAAGUUGGUGAAGGUGUGCGCGAUACCAUUUCGGCGAGCUUCGGUGAAAUAGAAGUUCUCACGGGUGAGAAAACAAGUGGUGUGCGUAAGUGUGUGAGUGUGUGUGCGUUUUCCCGCGUGAAAAUUCGUGCAUGGUUAAAUCAAUCGAACGUGGUUGAACAGAAAGGAGGAGGCAGAGGUUGUGGGAAAGAGAAAAAAAAGCAAUAUCGGCAUCGAUCGUUGGUUCCCUCCAAGCUGAAGCCGUUGAUCCUGCCCGCCUACACCAUCCGCGGGCUAUACAUUCCUCUAUUUCUUGUGGCACGCCGGUACAACAAAAUCAUUCACCGUGGAUACCUUAGCAUUGCCACUCGGUGGUCUUUCUCAUGUUAGGAUGGCUCUGGCCAGAUUGCCGGUAGUUAGUGACUGUCCGGCAGGUCAAACUGCUAGAGUUACAUCGAACCUGCACUCGUCCAGUAGCACCAUGGCAAACAGUAGGGUGCCCUCGCCCCCGCUGCCGGAAGUCAACACACCGGUGGCGGAAAAUUGGUGUUACACUCAGGUCAAAGUGGUCAAAUUCAGCUAUAUGUGGACGAUCAACAAUUUCAGCUUCUGCCGGGAAGAGAUGGGUGAAGUGCUGAAAUCCUCUACAUUCUCCGCGGGUGCUAAUGAUAAGCUAAAAUGGUGCUUGCGCGUCAAUCCAAAAGGUCUCGACGAGGAAAGCAAAGACUAUCUCUCCCUCUACCUGCUGCUGGUGUCCUGCAAUAAGUCGGAAGUCCGGGCGAAGUUCAAAUUUUCAAUCCUCAACGCCAAACGCGAGGAAACGAAGGCGAUGGAAUCGCAACGAGCGUACCGGUUCGUGCAGGGCAAGGACUGGGGCUUCAAAAAGUUUAUCCGGCGAGAUUUCCUGCUGGACGAGGCGAACGGUUUGCUGCCGGAGGACAAACUAACGAUAUUCUGCGAGGUCAGCGUAGUGGCCGAUAGUGUGAACAUUUCCGGCCAAAGCAACAUCAUCCAAUUCAAAGUGCCAGAAUGCAAGCUGUCCGAGGAUCUAGGGACACUGUUUGACAACGAAAAGUUCAGCGAUGUCACACUGGCGGUCGGUGGUCGGGAAUUCCAGGUGCACAAAGCAAUCCUAGCAGCGCGUAGUCCCGUAUUUGCCGCUAUGUUCGAGCACGAGAUGGAGGAACGAAAACAGAACCGGGUCGCGAUCACGGACGUAGACCACGAAGUAUUAAAGGAGAUGCUGCGGUUUAUCUACACGGGGAAGGCACCCAACCUGGACAAGAUGGCUGACGAUCUGUUGGCGGCGGCGGACAAGUACGCGCUCGACAAGCUGAAGGUGAUGUGUGAAGAAGCGCUCUGUGUUAAUCUGUCGGUCGAAACGGCGGCCGAAACACUGAUUCUGGCCGAUCUGCACAGUGCCGAUCAACUGAAGGCGCAAACGAUAGACUUCAUCAACACCAGUCAUGCGACGGACGUGGUGGAGACGGUCGGUUGGAAAAAUAUGGUGGCGACCCAUCCGCAUCUGCUAAACGAAGCGUACCGGGCGCUGGCAACGCAACAGAUACCACCGAUCGGGCCCCCGCGCAAACGGGUGAAGAUGAGCUGA